AUGUCCCACAAUCAACCAUCCAACCCCACCACAACCACAACCCCAAACCCCUCCACCCAGGACACUAAUAACAACAACAACAAUGCCAACUUCCAAACCCCGUACGACUAUGAAUCCGGGCUCAACACGCGACGAGCCGUCCUCGGCCCCGCACACGUAAACCGCUCUAUCCAAAACAGCAACGCCUUCACAGCACCGAUGCAAGAAAUGGUCACCGAAUGGGCCUGGGGCCACGUCUGGAACCGGCCCGGGCUGGACAGGAAGCAGCGCUCGCUAAUGAACAUUGGGAUGUUGAUUGCGCUGGACCGCCAGCCGGAGUUGGCGAUGCAUGUUCGCGGCGCGGUGAGGAAUGGAUUGUCUGAGUUGGAAAUUCGGGAGGCGGUUAUCCAUGCGACGGUUUAUUGUGGUGCGCCGGCGGGGAUGGAGGCGAUGAGGACAGUUGAUGGCAUCUUGGGCGAGAUGGAGAGGGCGGGGGAGAUUAAGAGGGAGUUGGUUUGA